AGACUCCACUGCGCCCGCCUCGCGCCAUUGGCCACCAACGCGCCAGUUAGGAGCCGCGGGCUUCUGCACCGGCCUUCGGCACGUGCGCCUAGAGGCGGGUUUCGAGCGAGGCGAAGAUGGAGGCGGCCGGGGAGCCCGACGGCUCCGGAUCCGAUUCCGGAUCGAGGGCCGGCAGCCCCCGCCCAUCCUCCCCAGCGUGGGAGAAUCGGCAGCGGCAUCCCUCCAGUGCUCUUUGCGGCGCUUGUGGAAGCAGCUUCUCCGUGGCCUCGGCAGGUCCCCGAGCUGAAGUUCACUUUGGGGAUCCCCAUGAAGAAGCAUGCAUUUCGAGGCCCAAAGAGUCCAAAACUGUACUAUGUCCUGAUUGUGAGAUUCUUCAAAUUCUGAAGUCAGGAUUUGAGACUGAGCUGUCACAACCGGAACCUGUGAAGCUGAGUGAUCCAUUCACCUUUCAGUCACUGCUGCCCUGUAUUCAACCUGAAAAGAAUAUGGAUAUUGGGUAUCAUCCACCUAUAUUACCAAAGGAAUCGACAGAAGUUAAUGUUGUAGUUUGCCAUGUAAACAAUCCUGAUGAUUUCUACCUUCAGUUGGUAGAAAAGCUUGAUUUUUUACUUUUCCUGAAGAUAAUUAAAGAUGCGUAUAAAAAUGAAUGUGAUGGCGAAAAUCUUGAAAUCCUCUGUCCAGUCCAAGGACAAGCCUGCAUAGCUAAGUUUGAAGAUGGAAUUUUGUACCGGGCAGAAGUCAUUGGCUUGCCAGGACAUCAAGAAGUGGAAGUUAUGAAUGUUGACACUGGCCGGUCUGCGAGGAUAGCCCUUAAAGACAUACGUCAAGUAAAGGAAGAGUUUUUGAAUUUCCCAAGAAAGGCAAUUAAAUGCAAACUGGCCAAUAUUGAACCUUCUACCGGUACAGGACAUUGGAGUGUAGAAGCCAAAGAAAAAUUUGUGGAAAUGAUUUACGGCCAAUUUUUGAUUUGCUCAGUUAAGAGAAUUUUGGAAGAUAAUGUGCUGUUAGUUGAACUUUUUCUUUCACCCCAUGUUCCUGGAGUGAUGACGAACAGUGUUAAUAGCGAGCUGGUUAAAGGAGGCCUAGCAUGUUAUGACUUGGGGCAAGUAUAAGGCUUAUAUUUUGGCCUAAAAGAAAUUUAGCCCAGAUGUUUUUAUUAAAUCAUUAAACUAUUAUAAAUUAAUAUGGUAUAAUUGAA